AUGUUAAAGAGAAUCGACUUCUUCCGUAACUUCGGGCCAGCAUUCUUGGAUGAGCUGCUGAGCAGUCCGGAGAGCAUCCGAAAAGUGUUGGUCAUGCCCGGCACGGUCCUGCUGCGUGAGGGAGCUCCUGGUGACAGCAUGAUGGUCGUCUCAAAGGGCCGCGUGGCUGCCUCGGUGAAUGGUCGGGUGGUGAAGCACCUGGGAGAGGGCUCUUACUUUGGAGAACUCGUGUUUUUGGGUGCAGCUCUCCUCCGCACAGCGACGGUGACUGCCACGACCUUCUGCGAUGUGCGGAUCAUCUACAAUCGCAGUUUCAAGAGGAUCGCGGACAAGUAUCCAGAGGCACCGACUCUCCAGGGGAUCUGGCUUUGGUUGAUUUUUGCUGAUGACAGAAUAGACUUGAAGAGGGACCUUCAAGUGUGUUCUCACGGCGUGCCCAUUCAACUGUACUAUACUUUACUCUAUGCUCCCCAGCUUCGCCAACUGAGUCGCAAGACUUUGAAUGCCGUCAGGCUUUUAAUAAGAGCGUCGAGAGUCCAAGUGCAAUCUAACGCAACCGUGCGCGUAACCCUCGUGGCUGCAUUCAUUUAA